AAGUGAGUCAAGCGAGAGAGAGAGAUCGGAAACGGUAUUAUCUCGCCGCCGGUGCCGGAGUCCACCGUUGAUUGUAGUAACCGGAGUUUCUCAAUCGGUAAUUUAUCACCUAAACGGGAAUCCAUUUGACUGUUUAUUAGAAAGAUGAAGAAGCUGCUGGAGUUUGGGAGAAAAGCAAUGUUCUAUGUCAGAGUACUCUCUGGGUAUGAAGAAAGGCGAAUCCGUAAUUACAGGUUGCAACUCGAGAAGCGUAUUCAGCAGGCCCAACAAAGGAAAGCCGAAAUAAACAGACUCCCAGAGAAGAUUGUACUAUCUGAAGUACGCCGUAUGGUUGAACAAAUGCAGAACUUGAAUAAACAGAUUGAGAAUACGGAGGCUCAGAUUGAAGACUACUUUAAACCGAUAGACAAGCAAGCUGGUACCAUAAUGGAGGUUCAGCUAGAGUCAGAGAAGAAAACAAUGGGGACAAUGAUGAACGCUACACAAGAGGAAACCAUAAGAAAAAUUGAAGAAGCUGAGAGGCUCGCUCGGGCAAAUGCAACUGUAGAGACAAACAUGGGAGAGAAAAUCCAAGAUUCAGAAUCCUCUGCCAAUGAGAAAGCUCAGGCGAAGUAAAAGACUGUUCUUGUAUUCAUGUUGUUGACAACAGGAUAGAUUCAGAGUCCUCUGAAAAAGUCCAAUGUUUCAGAUUCUCUGUUGGAUUUUAAUAAAUAUGAUCGACUGAAUAGAAGAAUCAAGACCGAGAUUGUGGUCUGUUUAGCGUGCAAGAGAAACUUAUAAGCUGGCUCUGGUUGAACCAA